GAUUUAUGCUAAAGUCAGACGUGUAUCUUCGCGUCAAGCGGAAGUCGACAUGCAAAACAGUUGAAUCAUGAACACACGUACGAACCGUUGCUCGGUGGGAACUUGUCACAGCGGGAUUAUUCACUUAUUGAUUUAAACGAGGAUGUCAUCCGUCUUCACGUUACACUUGGAGGAGCCACAGCAGAGACCAGAGAUGGACGGUGAGACCGGACUCAUGUCCAUCGACCAGGGAGGAGAGUGGGACAUAAGCCUGUUCGAUGAGCUCGACAACCUGGAAGAUGCAGUUGACCUGCUUGAGGCCUUGCAGAACCCUGGCUAUGCCAACGAGGCUCCAGAUCUGGACUUUGAUAUUGAUAUACCUCUGUGGAAUGAAGUGGACACAAGCAGCAUCUACACAGAUGGUGAGGUGAGUGUGGACUCUCUGUCACCUGCCCAUACUCUGAGCUCUGUUCCCUCUCCUGCUUCUGUGGAGGCUCUGUCCCCCUACUCCCUACAGGAUGAGGCCCUGUCGCUACAGUCGCAACACUCUCCUCUUUCGGUCUGCUCAGAGUCCAGUGGAUUUUAUGAAAUCCCUACCCCAGCCAAGACAGCUCCAAGGAGGACAAGCCAGACCCCACGAGCCAAAGCAGCUCAGUCCAUCAAGAGGCCGAUUAAGAUCGGACCAAAAGUUUCCAUCCAGCCGAGGCCGCUGAUCACAGCUGUGCCGCUCGCUCAGGCAGGAGCUUCCCUGCAGGCCAAGACGAUCAUCAUCCAGCCCCUGCAGACCACUGUGCUGCCUGUAGUCAAACCAGUUCCAGUCAACAUCCAGCCAGCGCCCCUUCCAGGUCGUCCUAUAGUGCUGUCUCAGCCGAGCCAAGUGCUGCACAUCCAGACGCCACAGGCCGUCACAAGCAAUGUGGUCACCAUGCCAACGCUCAGCCAGGACAGGCCUGUCUCCGUCACACUCCGAACCUGUUCCUCAGAUGAUGAUUCAAAGUUGUCCCAGAGACAGCAGCGCAUGAUAAAGAAUCGCGAGUCAGCAUCCCUGUCUCGGAAGAAAAAGAAAGACUACCUGCUCACGCUGGAGGCCCGCCUCAAGGUGGCGCUGUCCGAGAACGAGGUGCUCAAGUGUGAGAAUGGCAACCUGAAGAGACAGCUGGAAGGCCUGCUGAGUGAGAACACAGGACUUAAGACAUCAGCGCCCAAGAGGAGAGCCGUGUGUGUCAUGGUGGUUUUGGUGUUCCUCAUGCUUAAUGUUGGACCAAUGGGUUUGUUCCAGGGUGGUCCGGGCUCCAAGCUCCAAGUUGUUUCCAUGCAGAGCAGCGGCCGACACCUGCUGGGUUUCUCCUCGGAGGCGGAGACGAUCGUCGUGACGGACCCCAGAGAGCCCCUGGACAGCAGCCUCUCUGGGGCGGCCGACAGCUCUGAGGAUAAGGCCCUGAUGUUGGUGAAGGAUCCCCUCUAUCUAAGACCCCCCCCGCCCUGCCAGCCUCCUCUUAACAGGACCAAGUGCAAAGAGUUGGCCCAUGAGCUGAGGGGUUGGGUCCACCGUCAUGAAGUGCAGCAAACCAAAUCCAGGCGCAUGAGUAACGGCAAUCACAAACCCACCAGGACCAUUCUGAAAACAGAGAAUAAGGAGGCUGCCCAGAUUGUGACCGUUCAAUACACAGAAACUACUGAGGAAAAGAGCCCUGGCAGUGAGCUGCAGGUCUACUACGCCCCUCACCACACCUACAGUGACUUCUUUGACGAGAUCAACCGCCGGGGCGACACUUUCUACGUGGUGUCUUUCCGCAGGGAUCAUCUUCUACUUCCUGCCACCAACCACAAUAAAGGGAGGCGACCCAAGAUGUCUUUGGUGUUGCCAGCCAUGAACAUUAACGACAGCGUCAUCGGGGACAAAGAGUUCCAGGUAAUGAUGCAGAUCGACUGUGAGGUAACGGACACCAGGAUCCUCCACAUCAGGUCUUCAACCAUCCCGCCUCUGCUCCGGGUCAACCGCACCGACACGUUUUACCACCACUCCCCGACCAACAACCAGACCACGCCCCCUGUCGGCGUGCUCAUGGGGUCUGCCUAGGACCACCAUCAGCUCCUGCGUUACUCAGAACAAUACAACAGAAAUACACAAACACAAACACAAGAGACAACCUCAGUUUUUAGUUGAUAUUUUUUUUAUAAUUCUGGUGUGUUACCACUGACUUUGUGUUUGUGAUGUGGCUGUGAGUGAAAGUGCUCUGCAGAAAUCCCCUCAUCGUUAGGUAGCUUGAAGAUUGUCCGCAGCUGUCAGCACCUUUAUUUGGACCGGCAUCCAGAGGUAGUCUGAAACAGGGUCCAAGCAGACGCUGGGGGAAUUGUUUAGCGGCAGGGGGCAGAGAAUUGAACCUUGAGUCACCCCCAUCAUAACACAACCACUUACCAUAGCAGCUCUUCUGAAUUCUGAUCUAGUUCCUCUCUCUUAAUUUCAGGACAGAGCAGAGAAAAACCAUUGAUGUAAAGCAGGGGUUUACUGUUCAGAAGCACAACAGCGUCCGUGUUUAUAUCUCGGCUAAAUAUGAGUCCUGCAAUCAUCUCUCUUACUCACGUGUUGUCUUUGUAACUCUCUAAAUAAAGUCAAUUAGGUGAAAUAGGGAGAGAUGACAGGUGAAUACCAUGUGGCACCAGAGGCAAUCAGUAAACUCAGGAAGUCCGGUGAUCACGGAGAGCUUACCGAACCACAAACUGCUAUUUGUUGGUCUCCAGGCGGCGGUCUUCUCUUUUUAACAGCGUAUCAAUGAAGAAUCACACUUUUCAAUUUUGGAGUCUUUGCACUGUGCUUCACUUAUACAAUUUUUUUUUUUUUUUUUUUUUUUAUAAAUGCCCACUUGUACCAAACAUACACAAAGACUUUUCCAUCCAUGGGCUAAUUGCAAUUUUAUGUUUUGCUCUUGAUCCUAAUAUAUUGAAAUUCCUAGUUAAAAAUGUGUGUGGGGUAAUGGAAGAUUGGAAGUAAUAAUUUCUAGUAUACAAUUGCACUGUUAAUGCAGCGCCUGGGGUUUUCAGUUCUGAUAUUAAAUUAUUUUUAUAUGUCUGCCACCUUGUUUCGACUACCUGUAGUUUGGGGCAAUAUUUAAGUAAAUGAGAUCAUAAGAAAUUCUAAUUAGUAGAAAUACUCCUGGUCAGUUUGUCUGUUUUGAUAAAUCAACAUACUUUACUUCUGAGACCAGAUUGUAUGUAUUUUAGCCACAGGAUUGUACAGAUGGUUAAGCUUUAGCUCAGCAGAUGCCCAUAAAAAUUGUUCAAGAAAAAAAGAUUUUGUUGUUUUAAGACCAGAUCUGUGUGUGAAUUCUGUUUUUUCCCUUUUGGUUUUUCAAUCGCUUUCAAUAUAUUUGAUUUCCACUUUGUUUUUACUGCAUCCAGAACGAACUACCAUUAGAAGAUGAGAGAACAAAAAGAUUGUGAGGUUUUGCUUUUUGUAUUCUAUUAUGUGUGUAAACCAAAAUAAACACUGGAUUUUCUCUCACCUUA